CCGCCCGCGCGCACCGCCGCACCUGCGGGCACUCGCCCCGGCGUCUGCGGGACCCGCGGGCUCCGAGCGCGCUGCCGCCCUCCCGCGCCGCCCUCGCACACGCAGAACCCACUUUUAAAGAAGCCGAAGCGCUGCAGCCCACCGACACCGAGCGCAGCCGGCUGUGGCUGUUCUCUACUGGUCUGCAGUUGAGCCCGGACCCUGGAAUAGAAAGACAGUUCUCCGUUGGACUGGCAGAAAGCGAAGGAAGACUCCUCGGUUCCCGAGGAGAGCGGAGCGGAUGCUCUAGUGAAGAAAUGAAGAAUCAAAGAAGUAAAGGACCUCUCUGAAAAUCACGUAACUAGGGAAUCUUGAGGAGUCUUGCUCUUUUCAUCCUCCGGUCCCAACUCCCCUUCAGGGGAGGCUCUUCCUUGCUUGAAAUAAAAGGCAAGCAGUUCCUGGCCUGUGAAACCCCAGUGAUGUGCCUGUCAGUAUGCUGGUCCCAGUGCUGAGGGACAUCAUGGGCUUUGACUCCAGGUUCCUGUCCUGAGACCACAGCAGAAAGUGCCUUGGAUGAAGGCUUGGACUCCUGGACUGUCUGCUGACUUCAACUGUCUGGUCUCAGGGUGGUGAACCUGUGUUUGAACUCCUAACCUGUGAGUUGAUGAUGAUGGUACCUGUCCAUUAACUGAACAACUGAGGUGUUGAACAAUCUGAGGCCAGGAACUGUUUCUGAAACAUCCUACAGGGCCCGUACAUGGAAGAAGUCUGGUGAGCACCUGGGAGAUCUAAAUAGCAAGCUCUGAAAGGGUUCCAGCUGAAGUUUCUGAGCAGACCAGUCGCUGCAGCUCCCUAGGCUGAGUUUCCAAGCUGCCGGUGCAUGCCAUUGACAAGCUGCAGGAUGGUGCCCGUGGCCAGGCCGCCGCUGCUGCUUAUCGCCUUCUUCUUCUGCGCCUGUGCUGAGACACCGCCCAGGUUUACACGAACUCCGGUUGAUCAGACAGGGGUCUCUGGUGGAGUUGCGUCUUUCAUUUGUCAAGCUACAGGGGAUCCAAGACCUAAAAUUGUCUGGAACAAAAAAGGAAAGAAAGUCAGCAACCAGAGAUUUGAGGUAAUAGAAUUUGAUGACGGAUCUGGAUCAGUUCUCAGAAUACAGCCCUUAAGAACUCCACGGGAUGAGGCCAUUUACGAAUGUGUGGCUUCCAAUAACGUGGCCGAAAUAAGUGUGUCCACCAGACUCACAGUUUUACGUGAGGACCAGAUUCCUAGGGGUUUCCCUACCAUUGACAUGGGCCCCCAGCUGAAGGUGGUGGAACGUACCCGCACGGCCACCAUGCUCUGUGCAGCCAGUGGGAACCCAGAUCCAGAAAUCACAUGGUUUAAAGAUUUUUUACCUGUUGACACAAGCAACAACAAUGGUCGUAUUAAGCAGUUACGAUCAGGUGGUACACCAAUAAGAGGAGCCCUGCAGAUCGAACAGAGUGAAGAAUCUGACCAAGGAAAAUAUGAGUGUGUUGCCACCAACAGCGCGGGCACUCGUUACUCUGCCCCUGCCAAUUUAUAUGUCAGAGAGCUGCGAGAAGUUCGCCGUGUCCCACCAAGAUUCUCUAUCCCACCCACUAAUCAUGAAAUAAUGCCAGGUGGAAGUGUUAAUAUCACCUGCGUGGCAGUGGGGUCACCAAUGCCUUAUGUGAAGUGGAUGUUGGGGGCAGAAGAUCUGACACCUGAAGAUGAUAUGCCGAUAGGAAGAAAUGUCCUCGAACUGAAUGAUGUAAGACAGUCAGCAAAUUACACCUGUGUUGCUAUGUCAACACUGGGCGUCAUUGAAGCAAUAGCACAGAUCGCUGUCAAAGCCUUACCCAAGCCUCCAGGAACUCCAGUAGUGACUGAGAGCACAGCUACAAGCAUCACACUGACAUGGGACUCUGGGAACCCCGACCCCGUCUCUUACUACAUCAUUCAACAUAAGCCUAAAAAUUCUGAAGAACCAUACAAAGAAAUUGAUGGGAUAGCAACCACACGCUACAGUGUUGCUGGACUAAGUCCCUACUCAGAUUAUGAAGUCAGAGUUGUUGCUGUAAAUAACAUUGGUCGAGGUCCACCAAGUGAGCCUGUAUUGACACAGACCUCAGAGCAGGCGCCAUCCAGUGCCCCACGAGAUGUCCAGGCACGCAUGUUGAGCUCAACCACCAUUUUGGUACAGUGGAAAGAACCUGAGGAGCCAAAUGGACAGAUCCAAGGAUAUAGAGUUUAUUAUACAAUGGACCCGACCCAACAUGUCAACAACUGGAUGAAACACAAUGUAGCUGAUAGCCAGAUCACUACUAUUGGCAAUUUAGUACCCCAAAAAACAUACUCUGUCAAAGUCCUGGCUUUUACCUCAAUUGGAGAUGGCCCUCUUUCAAGUGACAUACAAGUCAUCACACAGACAGGAGUACCAGGGCAGCCACUAAACUUCAAAGCAGAACCUGAAUCUGAAACAAGUAUUUUGCUGUCUUGGACACCACCACGUUCAGAUACCAUUGCCAGCUAUGAACUGGUCUACAGAGAUGGGGAGCAAGGAGAAGAGCAGCGAAUCACCAUUGAGCCAGGCACAUCUUACAGGCUGCAAGGGCUGAAACCAAACAGCUUAUACUACUUCCGUCUGUCUGCACGCUCUCCUCAAGGCCUGGGUGCUUCAACAACUGAAAUAUCAGCUAGAACCAUGCAAUCAAAGCCAUCAGCUCCUCCUCAAGAUAUUAGUUGCAUCAGCCCAAGUUCCACUAGUAUUUUGGUAAGUUGGCAACCUCCACCCGUGGAAAAACAGAAUGGCAUUAUCACUGAAUACUCCCUCAAGUAUACUGCAGUGGAUGGGGAAGACUACAAGACUCAUGAGGUUUUGGGAAUUCCUUCGGAUACUACCAAAUACCUUUUGGAACAGCUGGAAAAAUGGACUGAAUACCGGAUCACUGUGACUGCCCACACAGAUGUCGGCCCUGGCCCUGAGAGCUUAUCCGUGUUGAUUCGAACCGAUGAAGAUGUUCCCAGUGGGCCUCCUCGCAAAGUUGAGGUGGAGGCUGUCAAUGCCACGGCUGUUAAAGUCUCGUGGCGUUCACCUGUGCCCAAUAAGCAGCAUGGCCAGAUAAGAGGAUAUCAGGUGCACUAUGUGAGAAUGGAAAACGGUGAGCCCAAGGGCCAGCCCAUGCUGAAGGACGUCAUGCUGGCUGAUGCACAGUGGGAAAUUGAUGAUACUACUGAACAUGACAUGAUCAUCUCUGGGCUACAGCCUGAAACAUCCUACUCCCUCACUGUGACAGCUUACACCACCAAAGGAGAUGGUGCUCGAAGCAAGCCCAAGCUAGUGUCCACCACUGGGGCAGUUCCAGGGAGACCCCGACUUGUGAUUAACCACACUCAAAUGAAUACGGCUCUCAUUCAAUGGCACCCUCCUGUGGACACAUUCGGACCCCUUCAGGGCUACCGUCUAAAGUUUGGCAGGAAAGACAUGGAGCCACUGACUACUCUUGAAUUCUCUGAGAAAGAAGACCACUUUACAGCCACAGACAUCCACAAGGGUGCAUCGUACAUCUUCAGACUCUCAGCCAGAAACAAAGUGGGCUUCGGGGAGGAAAUGGUGAAAGAAAUUUCGGUUCCAGAAGAAAUGCCAAGUGGAUUUCCUCAAAACCUCCACUCAGAAGGCACCACUUCCACGUCUGUUCAGUUAUCUUGGCAACCCCCUGUCCUGGCAGAGAGAAACGGCAUUAUCACCAAGUACACCAUCCUGUAUAGGGAUAUCAACAUUCCCCUUCUUCCAGUGGAGCACCUUAUUGUUCCAGCUGACACCUCUAUGACACUCACUGGCUUAAAAUCAGAUACUACGUAUGAUGUAAAAGUACGUGCUCACACGAGCAAAGGGCCCGGGCCAUAUAGUCCCAGUGUCCAGUUCAGGACACUGCCUGUGGAUCAAGCAGUGUUUGCAAAAAAUUUUCAUGUCAAAGCAGUUAUGAAGACUUCAGUACUGCUGUCUUGGGAGAUUCCAGAGAAUUAUAAUUCUGCUAUGCCUUUCAAAAUUCUUUAUGAUGAUGGGAAAAUGGCAGAAGAAGUAGAUGGCCGAGCUACUCAGAAGUUAAUUGUUAACCUGAAACCUGAGAAAUCCUAUUCGUUUGUGUUAACCAAUCGUGGGAACAGUGCUGGUGGGUUGCAGCAUAGGGUUACCGCAAAGACUGCCCCAGACGUGCUGCGAACCAAGCCUGCCUUCAUCGGGAAGACCAACUUGGACGGCAUGAUUACGGUGCAGCUGCCCGAUGUUCCUGCAAAUGAAAACAUAAAGGGUUACUACAUUAUCAUUGUGCCUUUGAAGAAGUCUCGUGGGAAAUUCAUCAAGCCAUGGGAGAGCCCUGAUGAGAUGGAGUUAGAUGAGCUGCUUAAGGAGAUAUCUAGGAAACGCAGAAGCAUCCGUUAUGGGAGAGAAGUUGAAUUAAAGCCAUAUAUUGCUGCUCACUUUGAUGUCCUUCCCACUGAGUUCACCCUGGGGGAUGACAAACAUUAUGGUGGAUUUACAAACAAGCAACUGCAAAGUGGACAAGAAUAUGUUUUCUUUGUGUUAGCAGUGAUGGACCAUGCAGAGUCUAAAAUGUAUGCAACCAGCCCAUACUCCGACCCUGUUGUGUCAAUGGAUCUGGAUCCUCAGCCAAUCACAGAUGAAGAGGAAGGCUUGAUAUGGGUCGUAGGUCCUGUCCUUGCUGUGGUCUUUAUCAUCUGUAUUGUGAUUGCUAUUCUUCUUUAUAAAAGGAAGAGGGCAGAGUCAGAGUCCAGAAAGAGCAGCUUGCCAAACAGUAAGGAGGUCCCUUCACACCACCCAACAGACCCAGUGGAGUUGAGGCGCCUUAACUUUCAAACGCCAGGUUCAGAUGAUUCCGGUUACCCUGGUAACCUUCAUUUUUCAAGUAUGGCUAGCCAUCCUCCAAUCCCUAUCUUGGAACUUGCAGAUCAUAUUGAGAGGUUGAAAGCAAACGACAACCUGAAGUUUUCCCAGGAAUAUGAGUCGAUUGACCCUGGCCAGCAGUUCACAUGGGAACACUCAAACUUAGAAGUAAACAAACCAAAGAACAGAUAUGCAAAUGUCAUUGCAUAUGAUCACUCUAGGGUUCUCUUAUCAGCAAUAGAAGGUAUCCCAGGAAGUGACUAUGUGAAUGCAAACUACAUAGAUGGGUAUAGGAAGCAAAAUGCCUAUAUUGCAACACAGGGAUCGCUUCCUGAGACAUUUGGGGACUUUUGGAGAAUGAUAUGGGAGCAACGGAGUGCCACAGUUGUCAUGAUGACAAAGCUGGAAGAAAGGUCAAGGGUGAAGUGUGACCAGUAUUGGCCGAGCAGAGGCACUGAGACUCACGGGCUGGUCCAGGUGACGCUACUGGAUACUGUGGAACUGGCCACAUACUGUGUCAGGACCUUUGCACUUUAUAAGAAUGGUUCAAGUGAGAAGAGGGAAGUGAGACAGUUCCAGUUUACUGCCUGGCCGGAUCACGGGGUUCCAGAGCACCCCACACCUUUCCUAGCUUUCUUACGAAGAGUCAAAACCUGUAACCCUCCUGAUGCAGGGCCAAUGGUCGUGCACUGCAGUGCGGGUGUUGGCCGGACUGGCUGUUUCAUUGUAAUAGAUGCCAUGUUAGAAAGAAUAAAGCAUGAAAAAACUGUAGAUAUUUAUGGCCAUGUAACUUUAAUGAGAGCCCAGAGGAAUUACAUGGUGCAAACAGAGGACCAGUACAUCUUUAUCCAUGAUGCGCUGUUAGAAGCAGUGACAUGUGGAAAUACCGAAGUGCCAGCUAGAAACUUGUAUGCCUACAUUCAGAAGCUGACACAAAUAGAAACAGGGGAGAAUGUCACCGGAAUGGAGCUCGAAUUUAAGCGUCUAGCCAGCUCAAAAGCUCACACCUCAAGAUUCAUCAGUGCCAAUCUUCCAUGUAAUAAAUUCAAAAACCGCCUUGUUAAUAUUAUGCCAUAUGAAUCCACAAGGGUGUGCCUGCAGCCUAUCCGAGGAGUAGAAGGCUCUGAUUACAUCAAUGCCAGUUUUCUUGAUGGAUACAGACAACAGAAAGCCUACAUUGCUACCCAGGGGCCCUUAGCAGAGACCACUGAAGACUUCUGGCGCAUGCUUUGGGAACACAACUCCACCAUUGUUGUGAUGCUCACCAAGCUGAGAGAAAUGGGCAGAGAGAAAUGUCACCAGUACUGGCCAGCAGAACGAUCUGCGAGGUACCAAUAUUUUGUUGUAGAUCCAAUGGCUGAGUACAACAUGCCUCAGUAUAUCCUAAGGGAAUUCAAGGUCACAGAUGCCAGGGACGGCCAGUCCCGAACAGUGCGGCAGUUCCAGUUCACUGACUGGCCAGAACAAGGAGUGCCAAAGUCUGGAGAAGGAUUUAUUGACUUCAUCGGCCAAGUCCAUAAAACAAAGGAGCAGUUUGGCCAAGAUGGGCCCAUUUCGGUGCAUUGCAGUGCUGGCGUGGGAAGAACUGGAGUCUUCAUAACACUGAGUAUUGUGUUGGAAAGAAUGAGAUAUGAAGGGGUUGUAGAUAUCUUCCAGACAGUCAAAAUGUUAAGAACACAGCGACCAGCCAUGGUACAAACAGAGGAUCAAUACCAGUUCUGCUACCGAGCCGCACUAGAAUACCUGGGCAGCUUUGAUCACUAUGCAACGUAGAAACCCCUGAUCCUUUCUGGAUUUUUACUACAGGCCCUUCGCUAUCCAUGGAGUCUCUUCUGAGCCAUACAGGGCACUUGAGAAGUCCUUCUUAACUUCUAGCUAACAACCACUUAGUGGGACUAUUAAAAAACAAAAAUAAACUCUUCCAAGUGGACCAAGAAUUCACAGUUUAAUCAUCUAACCUGAAAAAAAUAAUAUCAAGAACCCUGACUUAGGAGGCAUCUGAAGGAUUUUAUUUGCAGAUACCUCAAGGAUUCCAAAUAAAGGGGAGAAGAAAUGACAGCAAAGAACUACCAUCUUGUUCAGGAUUGCUUGGUAGGGGCAGAGAGAGCUUGCCUGUGGGCCUCGACUCAGAGCAGGGAGUUUGCUGGUGUGGCGUCUCACAGAAGGUGGAUUGUGCUUCAACAUCGCCCCUUUCCCCAUGCCACUCAUACGUAUAUUUUAGGGGUGAGGGUAGGGAUGUUUAAAAGAGAAAGUCCUUGAUUUCAUUUUCGUAUUGUAAAGGAUUCUGCUGACCUGUGCUUCAUUUCUAACUGUGUAGACUUUUUUCUUUUUUAAAAAAUGUAUCAUCCGAUCAAGUAAAUUUAAAAUGUUAUGUGAUUCUUCAUUAUUUUUUUUAUUUCUGAACUGUAGGUUUUUGUAAGCUGUAGAAUGGUUAUCUGUAAUAUCUUACUGUAGAAAUAUCAAAUAAUUGGAAACUUUGCACAUUUUUGUGCAACACCCAAUCUACAGUAUCUGUCUCAACAGAUAUUACUUACGCAAUUGUUUGGUAUAACUGGUGAGAAUGUGCCCAUUCUCUGCAAACUUCAAGGGGAAUUUUGUUUUGCUUUGUUUUGCUUUUGGAAUCAACAGGGAGACGCAAAGUAUAAAGUUGCUGCUAACAUAUAUAUAUAAAUAUAUAGAUAGAUAUCUAUAUUUUAAGGGUAUCUAUGUAUAUAUAGACAGUAUGUCCACACAAAGAUGUUACUGCCAUUCAGUUCUUCCAUGGUUUAGUUUUUUUAAGGAUUAAAAAAAACUAUUGUAACCAUCAUUUCCAAGUUAUUUUUAAUAUUUCAAAACUUUAAUUUGUAAAGGGAAAUGAGGAGUGCACAUCACUGAUUACUGAACCUCGCCCCUGACUUUCCUGCCCUGCCUUCCCCCACCGACUCAACCAUAUUCACAAGUACGGUUUCGUUAGCCAGGCUUCCAACAAAAUUCAAUAUUCCUAACACUCUAGUGCAAUAACAAUUGUUAAAUAUCUAAGAGGUGUGCAUGCGGGAAAGGUCAGUGCAUAUCCCUUUAGGAGGGAAGAAUGUUGUAAUAUAUCAGCUAUCAAGUUGUUUUUUUUAAAAAAAAAGUAUAUUCAAUCAUAUAUUGUCUAUAGUAUGUGUAUGAAAUUUGCAUUUAUGAUACAUAACAGGGGCAAAGCCAAACUCAUGUUACUCUUUUCAGUCAGAAAUACUUUGUGGCUGCAGCGUCCCUGGGAGAUGCUGCGUUGUUUCUUCUGGCUGUGGCGUCCCUGGGAGGCGCUGUGCUGUUUGAUUUGGUUUUAGUUCUGCAUUUAGAGUGCCUUAUAAUUGAUGCCUAUUUUAUUAGCAUUUCUUUUUACCUUUCGGUUGAUUUCCAUUAGUUGUUCACAUCUGUUACUCUUUCAAUUAAAGCAUUAUCUGUUUACUACACGUACAGAAACUCUUUGAAUAAUAUGCAUUCCUAGUUUUCACCCAAGUGGGGGAUGUUAGUGAUUGUACCAGCCCAAAGCACUUGGAUAAUCAGGGCCUCUCCGUUCCUCAUCGUCACAUCAGGAAGAACAACUUGUUUCACUUCUAACCCCUUCAAAAUCUGCUCUGGAGCACGCAGUAACCACCAGUCUUACUUACAGAAAAAAAAAAAAAUUCGGGAUAUAUUUGAUAUUCCAUUAGGAGUAUUCUGAAAGGGGCAAUAAAUUUUAUAUAUAUGUAUAUAUACAUAUAUAUGUAUGUAUGUAUAUAUGUAUGUAUAUUUCUCCCCAAACCUUUCUACAGCAUUUCCAUAGGAAGCCAUGGCUGGUGGUAUGAGUUUGCCACAUGCUAUAUGUUUUUAAAUUACCCAAAUCCUAAGAACUCUGAAAGAGUUUUGAUACAGGUAUAAUAUUUUGGUUUAAUUUUAGCUUCAUGAUGCUCUGCAUGGAAGGAUAUUUGUUUUCCCAUUUUCCCAUCAUUAGCAAAAUAAAAUCCUAGAGACCAAACACUCGCAAAUAUCGUAUUUGAUCAUUUUUGUAAAAAAAGAAAAAAAUAAAAAUGAAUAAACAAAAAAAGAAAAAAUAGAAAUACAUAUAACACUAAAAAAAAAAGAAUCUAGAAGGCUACCUCAGAAUGAGACUCUCUAACCUACAUCAGAAGCAGAGAAGAAUGUGCACUCUAUGGGUCUGUCAUUUUCUUUUCACUUGUAUCAUUGAAGAUUUAUCUAAGUGCCAGGUUUCUCAGUGCUGUAAUUUUGUUUAAGUGAAAGGAAGGGAGUCAGACAGGUAUCGCAUCAUCUAGACAUGCCAUUUUGGACAUGUGGGAUCUAAUGGAAUAUCUAUCACAUACCAGAAUGACUGGCCAGUGAGCAGUUCGUCUCUCUGCAACAAAAGCUGCCCAUAUGGCAGAGGGAGAAAAGACAGUAGUCCCCGAAAGAGAAUGAACCAACGGGAUGCUUACCGGAGGAGGAUGAGGCGGGCACCACUCCAGAGUCAGGAGCUGUUCUUAGGACUAACUCCCCACUGUCACUGAUGUGCAUUCCACUCUGUUCUUAUCUCUAUGACCAUUCGAGAUUAAUUUCCCAGGCAAGCAUCACUAUCUGCCAUUAUCAUAAACAUCCACGUUUCUAGUUCUUUUCAUCAUCAUAACCAGUACGGUGCUAUUAUUUACCUAUGUAUGUGUAGUUAUGUAUAAUUUUGUAAUUAGUUACAAUGGUAAAAUAUCAAAUAUAUAAAAGUGAUUUGUACAGAACUUUAUUUUAGCUCUUUUUUAAAAAUGGUUUGCAUGGUUAGACAAGGCAAGGACAGCCAGGGGAGGGAAGGGCCUCUAGGGAACUUUGCACUUUCUAUACCUUUGUACUAUGCACUGCCCUAUUGAUUCUACACCCAAUAAUGUUAUUACUUGAACCCAUCUGUAAGAAACUGCUUCAGAAAUUCAUUUAUGUGUCCAUGGAUAACACAUCACAACAGGAAAGGAAAAAUGCAUAGUAGCACACACGGUUUUUUCUUUCCUGCUGAUUUUUGGUUUAGCUUUGUUUCAGUCUUUCUUGUCAUUUUAAAACCCCCUUCCCAUUUUCUUUUCUUUUUGGGUUUUGGUUUCCAUUGGUAUAUGGCUGCCCUGAUACUCCAGCAGAGAUCAGAAGGCUACAGAUCCAUCCUCUCCAUCCGUUACAUGGCUUUGCCAUUCAAGCUUGGAGUGUCUUUACAAAGAUAACAGUUGUGUUCUUUGCUCUCAUUUUGGAUGCAUAGACUGAAAACUCAAAAAAAAAAAUAACUUGUAAAAUGGCUUGUUAAAAAAUACAAUUACCUCUAAUUAGUAGUACGCGUAAGUGUUUUACAGAAUGAAAGGCGUGCUUUUUAUUUUCUUACUUCGUUACAUUGGUGGCGAAAGAAGUCUGUAUGAAAACCAGUUCUUUGCUGACACAGGUUCCAUUUGUUACAAAUGAAUUCUAAUAAAAAUGUCAGUGUUAUGCA